AUGGGUGGUGCAGUAAACAGCAGGAGCAUCUUAGUAGUUUGCAGCAGAAAAUACUUAACCUCCCCUUUUCAUCGUGGAUACAGUAAAGAUGUUGCUAGUCAAUUAGCUAAAUCUGAAGACGUCGCAAAAUUGCCCGAUACAGCCACAACAAAGCCACCUUCCGAAUUCCGUAUGAUUUCAUGGAACAUCGACGGGCUUGAUGACCGUAAUUUGAAAAUGAGAACAAAGUCUGUGGUAAAGAUUAUACAGACUCACAACCCUGACGUUGUGUUUCUUCAGGUGAAUAGUCGAUACUUCACUGUUACGAUGUUGAAUAUGUUCACGAUCCACUAUGAUUCCCACGAAAUCAUUGAUUUCCUUGCAACGACCAUGGGUCGUAAUCUUCUUAAAGUGGAGGCGCAUAUGGGCCCACUGAAGCUAAAACUUCUUAAUACUCACAUGGGGAGUACAGGGGAGCACGCUGAUGAGCGAAUGAAUCAACUGGACAUCAGUUUUCACGAACUGAGUAGAACCGACAAGUCUGUGAACGUAAUCAUGGGAGGCGAUUUGUAUGGCACGUUUUUUAUGGCACGUUUUUAGUUCCAUAUGUAGCACCUCAACUCAGCACCUCAACCACCU